UCUCUUUUCCGUCUCCAUCACAUCUCUCUGCACCCACCCACUCAACCUUCUUUCAUCCCUCUCUCUCUUUCCUAUUCUCUCUCUCUUUCCUCGAUUUCUCCAUUUCCCAUCCCUCCAUCUUCUUCUCUUAUGAAAAACCACAAAUCAAAACACUACAAACAUCUCCCUUUAUUCUCCACCACACAUCUCCCUUUAGCCUACAACCUGCCAAGUUUUAUCCCUUCCUCUACCUCUCCACUGCACAUCUCCCUUUAUCCCACCAAUGCACUUCUCCUUUUCCACGCACAGAGCUUCUGGAUCUGCUAAGGACACCAAGCCAAGCCAAGUUCUACAUAAUGGGUUCCACCACUGUUCAUCACGUACCCCAACUAGUUCUCGAGCUCUUGACUUGGGAGAAUGGAAGCUACGAAAGGCACCAAGGGCGUCGGCGGAAGAAGUCGGUGUCCAAGUUAGUUAAAGCCGACCUCCAAUUCCUUUUCGGUUGUAUCCCUCGUUUCCUCAAAAAGGGACGCUACGCCCAAUGUACUGGUACUAGCGCUCCCAUUUACCUCGCCGCCGAGCGAAAGAAGAAGAAGGACAAGGAUGAAGGGGGCAUGGAAGAAAAGGAUCCAGUUCGAAAUAAGAUGGAAGAUGAAGAAAACACACAGAGCAAGGUGACUCUUUCAGGGCUGCUAAACUUUAUCGAUAGGAUUUGGUCAGCUUGUGGAGGGGAGAGACUGGUCGUGUUUACGACUAAUUAUGUGGACAAACUUGAUCCUGCGGUCAUUAGAAGAGGAAGGAUGGACAAGCACAUAGAGUUGUCCUACUGCUGCUUCAAAGCAUUCAAAGUGCUUGCUAGGAAUUAUUUGGAUUUGGAUUCACACGAGUUGUUUGAAACGAUUGCGCGUUUGUUGGGCAAAACCAAUAUGACUCCUGCUGAUGUUGCUGAGAACUUGAUGCCUAAGUCUGUUAUACAGGAUGCUGAGUCUUGUUUGAAGAACUUGAUCGAAGCGCUUGAGGAGGCAAGAGUGAAGGCCGAGGAAGAAGCGAAAUUAAAGUCAGAGGAAGUAGAAAAAUUCAAGGCAGAGAGAGAAAAGGAGAAAGACCAGUCUGCUAGUUGAAGAAAAAUGUAAUGGAACAUAAGAUGCAACGCGCGAAGAAAACAAAGUGCUUGAAGGUGUAAGAAAUAUAGUGAAAUUAUCUGUAUAAAUUUCAACCUUUCUUAAAUUGUGCUUGUACAGCCUGAUCAGUGUGUGGUUUUCCUUAAUAUGUAAUAAGAAUUAUUUUAUGUUGUAAGUAUGGCACAUAAGCGUUUUCGAUCAUCAAGGACAUAUGUAACCUGUGCCGCAAGGAAAUUGUUCAGAAAAAGCUUUUUAC